AUGUUGACGGAUCGAUUUGUAUCCAGUGACGUAUUGACUGCCAUGACUCAAUGGUUAAUUCAACUCAAUAGUAGCAAGAGUUUGUCUGCUUGCAAUUUUCUGGAUGUGGAGCUUACGGACAAUGAGCUGGAAGGGACAUACUUGGAACUUGUCAAGCAUAUGUACGUGACGUUGGGAAACUUUCGUCUGCGGCAGAGCCUUGCGGAAAUGCUCGAGAAGCUCGUGGUUACUAUAGAACAUGCAAAGAAGGUUGUCAAGUCUGGAGUAUUUCGUGUACUACUGCAAGUGGCCUUGGAGCAGCCAGAUGAUGUUAUAAAUGCUGCAUUGCUGCAGAAUUUUACUUUAGUGGGGACACGAGUUACGUCCUUGGUUUGUUGCAAAGCGGAGGCAUUUUUAUUAGUUCCGACGACAGCUAACGUAGAGGAAGAACAGGCGACGGUGGUUGAUGCGAAGCAAAGAGAUGUUUGCGAAUUAGUUGUAACGUUGAUGCUGAGUGGAAAGUCGCUUGUCUUUGUCGACGCUGUUCGUAUGAUGCAGCUCUUGAUCGAUAACGAGCUGUGCCGAUCACUUCUACCGACGUUGCCUGACCUGCGUGGUGCUCUGGAAAAGGUGAAAACGUUAGUAAGACUGAAAAGCAGCAAACUCUUGCACGAUGAUUAUGUGAAAGAGCUGUGCAAAGCGCAGUAUGAACUUCUUUGUCCAGAAAUUGAUGCCUUCGAGCGCAAAAAUGGCAGUGUUAUUGGCUUGCUUUCAGACAAGGAAGUACUUCGAAGGAACGAUGGUGCAGGAGAUUAUGGUCUGCAAUUGGCAACGACUUACAAAACUCGCGGUAACGCAUUUUUUUGCCGAGGAAACUACCCCACAUCUUGCACGUUUUAUCGACGUGGUAUCGCUGUGCUCAGAGCAGCGCAGCUUGAAGUAGAAACUUCACUGCAAUCUCUUUCUGUAAAUGAAGUAUUGACUCGCUGCACUAUCGGGGCCAGCGUGCAGGUCUGUUCACCCCGAGGCGAUAAGUGGCAAGAUGCAGUGGUCUCUGAUAUUAAUGAGAACGGCAUGUCCAGCCAAGUUGAGGUGCUAUACGAUGCAGACAUCCACGAAGACGAAUGGGUUGCUAUUUCUCGCAUUUGA